UUUCAGACAAUGCCCCUCUACUUCAAAAUGCUUCCAUUUUUACAAACUUAUACUGUUGUUGUCUGUUGCAUUGGAUUAUUUGGAAACAUUAAUUUGAUAGUUGCCACGUGUAGAUACAAAUCUUUGAGGACUAAAUUAGGUUGCUUGAUCAUGAUAUCGACAAUUUCGCAUACAAUAUGUCUGGUUUCGGAACUGAUUUCUGUGAAGCUUAAACUGAGAUUUACACAAACCCAUCGGGACGAAUGCUUUCGAUUUGUGGUCGUCUAUAUGUUUGCAGUUCUCUUCCAGUCAACACUGUUCUUGAUGAUGGCUAUUGACCUACUUCUUGCUGUUAUAAUGCCUAUAAGACACAAGCUUUGGCAGCGAGGGCCAUAUCUUCUGAUACUCUGUACGCCUCCAGUGAUAUUUUCUACCUUUGCAAUUUUCAUUGAGCAACUUUACAUAAAUCACGAGAAUUUACUCAUGUGCACCGUAUCUCUUGCUGCUCCAAGGAAAGUUCGAUUUUGGGGCACUAUAAUCACAUUUUCAACGGUUUUAUUGGCAGUUGCAUUGAUACUUGUCACAGCUGUAAAGGUGCAUAUUAACGAACAAUCAUCUUCAUCUCCGUUCAUUCGACAUUCAAGUACUUCAACCAAAACAUCAAGAAGCUCAGAAGUAAAACUUCUGAAAUCGCUUGCCACUUUGAUAUUCUUUUUCAUAUGUUCAUGGACAAUGUCAGUAAUUUUAUUCCAUGUGGCAAUGUAUUUCGAUAGCUCCAUUGGAUAUCAAUUUCAUAAAUACACAUUUAUACUCCAACUACCAACAUUUUGCCAAAACUUUUUUGUCACAGCGCUCAGAUCUCCUCGGUAUGCACGAGUAUAUCGAGAGCAAUUAUCAUUUUUGCCAUGUUGUAGACAAAGGAAUUGUUUACCAAAAAAAUCAAUGACUGGUCCAAGUUCGUAA